AUGUCCAGUCAAAGCUCGGAGAAACACAACCAUCAACACCAAGAAACCGCUGGUCACCCUACCGCGGCAUACAAUUCCCAAGACCCUAACGUGUACCAUGACGAUUUGGAACUUCAAAAGGUCCAGACCGGUGGUGAAAAUCACGAGUUCAUUUUCAUUGGACGUCAAAAGUUCUUAAAGGAUGAAUUGUACGGUGCUUUCGGUGGUACUUUGAACCCGGGUCUUGCUCCUCCAGCAACCCACAAGUUUGCUAAUCCUGCACCAUUGGGUUUAUCCGCUUUCGCAUUGACUACUUUUGUGUUAUCUAUGUACAAUGCCCGGGCCAUGGGUGUCACAGUUCCAAACGUGGUUGUGUCAUUGGCCGUUUUCUACGGUGGGUUUGUCCAAAUGGUAGCCGGUGUCUGGGAAAUCGCUUUGGAAAACACAUUUGGUGGUACUGCUUUGACUUCGUACGGUGGUUUCUGGAUGUCCUUUGCUGCAAUUCAUAUUCCUUGGUUUGGAAUCGGAGCCGCCUAUGAGGAGGCUCCGGACCAAUUGGCAAACGCCAUCGGAUUCUACUUGUUAGGCUGGACCAUCUUCACAGUGGGACUUACCGUAUGCACAAUGAAAUCUACUCUGGCCUUCUUCAGUCUCUUCUUCCUAUUGUCCAUUACUUUCUUGUUGUUGACCAUUGGUGAAUUCACCGGAAGAACUGGUGUCACACGUGCUGCAGGUGUGCUUGGUGUUAUCGUUGCCUUUAUGGCUUGGUACAAUGCAUUUGCAGGUGUGGCUACGCGCGAAAACUCGUACAUUACUGUCAGACCUUUGCCAUUGCCAAAGGCCAAGUUUUUCUAA